UCAGUAUCUUACGUCUAACAAUCUACUUCAAAUAGACAAAAAACCAAAAUAUACAAAGCCAAAAUGAAUUUUGCAAAGCUUUUCGUUGUCUUCGCUGUUGUUCUUAUCGCCUUCUCCGGUCAAAGUGAAGCUGGUUGGUGGAAGAGAGUUUUUAAGCCAGUGGAAAAACUUGGUCAACGAGUUCGUGAUGCCGGUAUUCAAGGACUCCAAAUUGCUCAACAAGGAGCCAAUGUUCUGGCCACGGUUCGAGGUGGACCACCACAACAAGGAUAAUUGUGAUAGAUUAGCUUAGCUGUUUUUAAAUGUAAUUUAUUCAUUAUAAUUUAUUAUUGAAGUCUGGAAAAAAAUGAUAACUUAAAAAAUAAAAUUUGUCAUAAUUUAUAAAAAUAA